GUAACUAAAGCUCUUAAAGUCUAAACCCUGUAAUCCUCGUAAACCCCGAGUAGCAGAAAGGGCGAGACUCAAAGUUGAAACUUGAAAGCUUGAAUGGCGGGCCUCGUCUCCAUGACCUUCUCUAUACCUCUCUCUGCUUCACAUACCUUCACUAAUGAAGUACCUCUGGCAAAAUCAGCUCUGGUUAGAGUUUCAAGCCGAAGAAUUUCGGGAUCAGCCUCAAAGCCUUCUGCCUCAUGCAAUACAAAUGGAGUCGUAUCAUCUUUGAAUCAAAGCUGUCAACAUCUUCUUACAACAACCUCAAAACCUCUCUUCGAAAUCUUGUAUUGUCAUAGGAAUAUAGAAUCCUGUAGCCACAUGAUCAUAUUUGGUUAUUGGGUAGGACCUGAUAUUGAUGAUGGUUAUGGCUAUGUGGAAGCUUUUGUUAAUCAAAUUACUUGAGAAUCCACUAUUUAGCUAGCUUUUCUUGCUGCUUAUGAACAUAUUAAUGAAUAAAGAGCUGAUGGAUAUAGAGAACA